AUUAUGGAAAUAGGUUUGUUAGAAUACACAAGUCUAUUUAUAUGGCCUGAGUAUAAUUAUAUAAAAAUACUGAUGGAAUUUUCAGUCCUAUAUAUCUUGUAUUCUUUAUAUAAGGUGAGCUUUGGGAAAUAUAAAAAUUAUAAAGCCUAUACAAAGAUUACAAAAAUUGAAAAGAUCAUUAAUGAAUAGGACGUCUAAAAGACAAAAUAAAAGAAUUAAGAAAAGUAGGAAAAGUAAGACAAGCAUUAGAAAUAAGGAAAGAGAAAGAAUUCUGAAAAGGAGUAAAAUUAAUAAAAGGAUGUGUAAAAACAACAAAUAAAAUAAGAAGGGGAGCAGUAAAAAUAAGAGAAUCAUCCUCAUAUUUCAUAUAAGGAAUUAUUGAAACAAGAAAAGCAUAAUAAACAAUAGUAAAAUAAAUAGAAACAGAAAUCACAUACAAAAAGUAAUUAAUUUAGCAAUAUUAGUAUGUCAUCCAUUAUACCUUUCCUCAGUAAAAGGGUUUUCAGAUUAUAUAACAGAUUUCGCAUAUAAUAAUAGAUACUUAAUAGCAACAGGGUUUGAUAAUAGUAUAAAAUUAUUUGAGAUGGAAUAAUUUUUUAAGAAUCCAGAUUAACCAAAGUAUUUAUUUCAUAAUUUGAAUGACAUGCAUGCAACAGCAAUAUGUAUAUCUAAAAAAGAGGAGAUAGCAUAUUUUGCAGCAAACAAUUAAUUAUUCAAUUUAGAAUUUUAUCCAAAAGCUGAAGAUAAAUAAUAUUUUAAUGUAAUUCCCAAAACAAAGAAUUGUCAUAAGAGUGAUAUUAAUAGUUUACAUGUUGAUGAGAAUGAUAAAAUAUUAAUUUCAACAAGUUCAGAUAGUCAUAUUAAGGUUUGGAACAUGAAAGGAGAUUUAUUGAAGGAAAUAAAUACAUCAUAUGGUGAUCAUUAUAGUUCUUGUUUUAUGAAAGGACUUUUAGUAGUAAGUUGUUGGAGUGUGGAUACAAGCAUCUUUGAGAUAAAGUUUAAUAAGGAUCAUACAUUUAGAACACUUGAAAAGGAGGAAGUAUUAAGAGGUGAGAAAACAAGUGUUUUAGAUGCAAGUUUAAAUGAACAUGGAACUUUGGCUACUUUAUGUAAUAAAUCAUAGUGUAGAGUAUACAAAAUAAAUACUGAGAGAAAGAUUAAAGAGGAUGCUAGAUUAUUGAGUAAGAUUGAACACUAAAAUAUCAGUGCAGCUGCAAUAAAUGAAAAUAUUUUAGUUGUAGCUAUCGAUGGAAACAUUCAUAUCUAUGAUAAAAAUGUAUAAAUAAAAUUAAUAUAUAAUAAUAGUUCUAAUAAAUAGAUUAAAUUGAUAAUGCUGCUAAUGGUGCAUAUAUAAAGAGAGUGAGAAUUCAUGAAUUACAUUCAAGUUUGAAGAAUAAGAAUUUCUAUGUUUGUUUCAUAUGGGGAUAGGAAGAAGAAAGAGUUAAUAUCUACGAUUUAACCAAAUAUCAUGAAUGAUUAAUUAUAUUAAUAUAAAAUAGAUGCAGAA